AUGAAUAUAUCUUCUGAUAUAUUCAAUACUACACAAAACCCCCACCAAGAAUAUGGGAACAAGGUCUGUUCCGUCAACUUUCUUGAUUCGUCAAAUGAAGAAAGACCAGCGGUUUGGUUAACGAGUUUUCCAAGAUCUGGUAACACGUGGACACGUCAUUUACUUGAAUUGGCUACAGGGAUAUAUACUGGUUCAAGUUACCAUGCUAAUGGCUUGUAUAAUGCUGGUUUUAAAGGGGAAUUUGACAGUCCACAACUAGGACGAGAGUUGAUAUAUAAAUGCCAUAGAUUUACCAACAGCAUGAAGUUUGGUAUACUGCUCAUUAGAAAUCCGUACGACUCGCUUAUCUCGUUUUAUCAAUAUCGGACGAUACGACAUCUUACUCUCGAGUCAUACCGAAACAACUUGGAUUGGAUUAACUGGGCCAAAAGAAAACAUGAAAAAUGGUUAAAUUUAGUUGAAGAUUGGUUCAAAUCGGGGAAAUUAUUCCUGGUUGUCCAUUACGAAGAUAUUGUGAAGAAUCCAUUAGAGGAGGUGGAAAGGAUGCUGAACUUCCUGAAUAUAACAUUCACCCCAGAACGCCGCAAUUGCGUACAAAACGACAUUGAAGGAGCGUUUCACAAACAGCACAAAGAGCAAUUUAGGUUUGACCCAUUCACCAAGGAAUUACAUAGGCUUAUUAAUACAGACAUUCAAAUAGUAAAUAGACUACUGCAGAGCAGAAAUGAGACACCUAUUCCCGAACCAACCUAUGACAAUGAAUUACGUAAAAUAAAUUUACAGAAGUCAAAGCGCAACCUGAAAAAUUGA